AUGGGGUUAAUCGAAACACUCGUUGAGCAUGUCACGCUCAGGUCGGUCCUGGUCCUGGUGCCAGGCCUGCUGCUGAGUUAUAUCCUGAAUGUUCUCGUAGUAAAGCCGCUGAGGGAGGAUAUGAAGCUGGCGAAGAUGCCCGGGGCAAGACCUCCCAAAACCAGGUCUGUUGCUCCUUUCGGUCUCGACUGCAUCUACAAGAAUAUUCGCGCAUCAUACAGACACGAGACGCUCCCUUUCUGGAGGUCCCUUUUCGCCUAUGCCAGGGGUGACACGGCAGAGUGCCGCCUGGCCGGGCGGCGCAUCGUCUUCACCGUCGACCCGGAGAAUAUCAAGGCCAUCCUAGCUACCCAGUUCGGGGAUUAUGGAAAGGGGGAGCCCUUCCAUCAGGAGUGGAAGGACUUCCUCGGCGACAGCAUCUUCACCACCGACGGCAGCCUUUGGCACAACAGCCGCCAGCUGAUCCGGCCGCAGUUCAUCAGGGACCGCGUCAGUGACCUGCACGUGUUUGAGAGCCACAUACAGACCCUGAUCCGCGCCAUCGCAAAUGGGGGGGCUCUGAAUGGUGAGAACCAGGCCGUUGAUGUUGAGGCCGGCAACGGGAAGCCCGUCGACAUGAUGGACCUGUUUUUCCGUUACACCCUGGACGCCGCCACCGACUUUCUCCUGGGCGAGGACGUCAAAUCACUCAGCACCCCACGGCAGGAAUUCGCCGACGCCUUUGCCGAAGUGCAGCGGAUCCAAGCCCUCAUCUCCCGUUUGGGGCCGCUCAAUGGGCUUCUGCCCCGCCAGAACUUCCGCCGGAACAUGAAGGUCAUCAACAGCCUCAUCGACCGGUACAUUGAGCGCACGCUGCGUCUCAACCCUGACGAACUCGCCGGCAAGGGCAAGGGCGACUCGGGAUACACCUUCCUCCACGCCCUCGCCGGCUUCACGCGCGACCGCAAGGUCCUCCGUGACCAGUUGAUCGCCGUGCUGCUGGCCGGGCGCGACACGACGGCCUGCACACUCUCGUGGACCAUCUAUGAACUUGCGAGGCACCCGGAGUGCCUUCGUAAGCUGCGCGAAGAGAUCCUAUCGGUCGUCGGGCCGACCAGGCCGCCCACGUACGAGGACCUCAAGAGCAUGAAAUACCUGCAGAACGUGAUGAACGAGACGCUGCGGCUGUACCCUAUUGUCCCGUUCAACGUGCGGCUCGCUCUCAAAGACACGACACUCCCGCGGGGCGGUGGGCCGGACGGGUCGCAGCCUGUGAAGGUACUCAAGGACACGCCCAUCGCCUACUCGACGCUGGUGAUGCAGCGGCGCGAGGACCUGUACCCUCCCGUGAGCGACAAGUUUGCGCCCGUCGACGUCUUCAGCCCGGACCGCUGGUUCCACUGGCAGCCGCGGGCCUGGCAGUACAUACCCUUCAACGGCGGGCCGCGGAUCUGCAUCGGCCAGCAGUUCGCCCUGACCGAGAUGAGUUACGUGCUGACGCGGCUGUUCCAGCGCUACGACCGCAUUGACAAUUACAUGGUUGAGAUUGACGGCGGGAACCCGACCAUGAAGGCCGACAUUGUUCUGCAGCCUGCGGAUGGCGUCAAGGUUGCCUUUUGGGAGGCUAAUAAUAGUACGAAGACGAGCUGA